AUGGACGACUCCGUCUUGGACGAGGCUUGCUCGGCCGCCACCCGGAGACGAGGCUCCAUACCCCGGGUCGCCCGUCGCGCUUCGAUCAACAUCGCCUCCCUCUCCUCCGCUCACCCGCCUGUGUUUGGCGCUGAGCUUGGCUCGGCUUCGCAGGACUACUCCGGCCAUCUCGCAGACGACCUCAUCCGCAACCAGGACCACUACUAUCGGCAUAGAGCAGACGUCAGGAUCCCUGCCCUGCAUGAUCGCGAACUAUCAAAAGGAACAGACAGACACAGACGGCCAACUCACGCCGUCAUCGCCGCGUCUUCUUCAUCUUCUGCAACCUCCAUCGCCGCUCUUUCGCCCCAGCCACUCAGCCCGAGACGGCUACAGCCCUCGCAAAAGCAUCAACAAGACAACCAAGAGCAAGACAAUCAUCCCCGUCUACAAAACCUCGACUCGCAAAAAUCUUCAUCUCAGCAAAACAAGAAACGGAUCCCACCAAAGCGACUCAACAUGCGGCCUUCUGGAAACGCUGCAGACCAGUACGACGACGAUGACCACGCCGAAUACUCGUCCGAGGACGAGGAAGUCAAAUACGAUCUCACCUUUUCUGCCGAAUGGAGUCAUCUUCUUGCAAUCAUGAAGAAAAUGAAAGGCGUCAUUCGAGGUUGGGCGAAAUGGAAGACCCAAAGUGCUCGCGGGAGUGGCUACUGCUACACCGAAGAAUUCUCCGGCGCCCUACUCUUCGAACAAAAAGAAUCUGUCGCCAUCCUCAUCAACGACCUUCGCGGCUGCACAGUCUCUCUCUCCCCCGUCUCCUCAACCGCAAUCCAAGUCAUCUCCGCUCGCGACCCUUCCAGCUUCGCCAUCAUCGAACUCGAUUCCGCAGAGGAGUUCAACAAGUGGCUCGCCGUUCUGAUCUCGUGGUCGCCCUUACGAGCCGCCGGCGUUUCCAGUCGUCUACUGCGAUUUCGAUAUCCACAGCUCGACCUGUCCGUCAGAAGCGGCGAUAAGCAGCAACCCAGCACCGCCCAAAAAUCGUCGGCAAAGCCCGCACCCGCACCCGCACCCGCCCAGACCCCUAUAGACGACGACCACAAAACGCCACCUGAGAUUAAGGAUCAGCAGCCAGUCGUGAGGACGAUCAAAGUCGGGCAAUUGGAGCUGUGGGAUCCGCAAUGGCGGCAACCUCCUCCUCCGCCACCUGCAUCAUCCGCUGCUCAAAAGCGCACAAAACAAUCCUCAGCUUCCUCCAGCUCCACCACCACCACAUCCGCUCCCUCCUCUGCUAUGUCCUCAUCAAACAAACUAUGGGUCAAGGCUUCCUGCCUGUUGAAGACGAACGGCGACUUUCAGAUCUUUCCCGAACUCCCUCUCUCAUCCAGACCGCGACAACAAUCUCCCGCGAUCGCCGACACAAAAUCCUCUUCUUCUGCAUCCUCAUCAAAAGCUCAAAUCAACUCAAACUCACACUCACAAUCCUCGGCCGCUUCUCUCUCCUCAUCUUCCUCGUCCUCCGGUUCGGCUACCCCCAGCUUCACCCCUUCGACUCCAUAUACCGGCACAACUUCAAGAUCGUUCUUGAACAACACUAGCUCGCACUAUACCCUGCAGCUCUCCACAAUCAGACGGUCGGCGAUUCAAAAAGCCGAUCCUUCGCUCACUGGACGGCAAAACUGCAUUGUCAUCUUCCUGAAAACGACCGUCAGCAAAUCAAACCCAACCCCCGCAGUCGACCCCUCUCAACAGUCGCAGGGUCAACAACCACAGUCACCAACCUCGCAGCAGCACGCAAACCCAAGUCUGGCUUUCAGUGUUCAUCAUCAUCACAACUAUCAUCGCCAUCAGUCUCCAGCAGUCACAUCGCCGCCCGAGAACCAGCCUAACCAGGUCGCUCCCACUCCCGGUGUACAGACUCCUGGCACAACCGUCCUCGUCACCCCUGUCUACUUCUUUUUCGAGUCGCGCACUCUCAUGGAGGUUUGGUUUGUGCUUUUCCGCAGCAUGAGCUUACCGGAACUGUACGGACCCGAUACCGGAAGAGUCUCGGGGUCCUUCAGACAAAUCAGAACUUUGAACAUUAGAAUCAUUGACGGAAAGAUUCUGUGGCCGCGUGGUCCUGGGUUGAGCGUUGACUCUACAUUCAUGCCCAAAGCUAUCGACUCGUACGUCGACAUCGAGCUUAACGACAAGGUCAGAGCGAGAACAAGGGUUAAAUAUGGCACUGCCAAACCUUUCUGGCGUGAAGAUUUCUCAUUUCCUGACCUCCCAUUUCUGGUGAAUUCAGUAAAGUUGAAACUUCGAAGCCGAAAUCGGAAAAACCCGGAUUUACUCUCUGAUGCUACAAUCGGCGAAGUCAAGCUUCUCAUGUCCGACGUCCAGCAAGACUCCGAUCUCGAGCGCUGGAUCCCGGUCUUCAACCCCGCCCGCGGCUAUACCGGUAAAACAGGCGAACUCUGCGUCAAAAUGCAGAUCUCCGAGUACACCAUCCUAGCCGGCCGCGAAUACGAUCGUCUGCUCGAGCUUCUGCUCGAUUUCUCCAACAGACUCACGCUCACGAUCGCAGACAUGACUGGUGAUAUGAAGCAACUAUCCACAAUUUUGCUCGAUAUCUUUCAAUCCAGCGGACAGGCUACCGAGUGGUUGAUUUCUCUUGCUGAAGAAGAGAUCUGGGAGCGAGGAAACUAUACCGGUCCUAGCAGGCAGACGCCUCCGCCUACAAAGCCUGCGCCGACUUCAGAUGUCAUCUCCACACGUCCCGCAGUUCCUCUGUCAGACGCAAAUGCUGAAACCGUCUUCUCGACCGUCGGAAUGUCGCGAGUGUCCUCCCAGGAGCGCGAUACUAAUAGCUCUAGUGGCGCGAGUACUCUCUCCCCGGGUACUCUCUCCCCGCCCGAAAGCUCCCGAUCACGAGCAGAUCUCCUCAGAGACGUGUCUCCUUCCCGCAACGAGCCAAUGGCUCCCCGCACCGCCGCCAUCGCAGACGCAAACCUGCUUUUCCGCGGAAACUCGCUCUUGACAAAAUCGCUCGACGCUCACAUGCGCCGCAUCGGCCAAGACUAUCUGAUCGAGACCCUCGGCAGCACGCUGCAGAAAAUUGUCGACGACGACGUCUUCAUCGAAGUCGAUCCUCAGAAAAUCGAGCCUCAGCACCAACGUCAAUCUGGAAACAACACUGCUUCGCUAGAAGAGAACUGGGCACGGCUGGAAGCUUAUCUUGUCGCGAUCUGGACAAAGAUCAGAGAGUCGAAGUCGAAAUGCCCGCCGGCGCUGCGACGCAUAUUUCACAACAUCCGUCUUCACAUUGAAGAGAAAUACGGCGAGUUCCUGUCCGCAGCUUCGUACACCGGUGUCUCGGGUUUCCUCUUUCUCCGGUUUUUCUGUCCGGCUGUACUCAACCCGCAUUUGUUUGGGCUAGUCAGAGACCAUCCUGGUCCGCGGUCUCAGCGCACGCUGGUCUUGAUUGCCAAAGGUCUUCAAGGAUUAGCCAACCGCACGACGUUUGGCGCAAAGGAGCCAUGGAUGGCGCCGAUGAACGCAUUUCUCCAGCAGCGCAUCGAAGAGUUCAAGGAGUUCAUCGUCGACGUGUCUACCUGGCGAACACGGGUCUACCCCGCCGCGAAUGCAGACCAUCACGUCGUCUCAUCGCCCGACGCAGACGGCGGGAACGACUACCUCGAUGACAACGAGAUCGAAGCCACUCAGCGCAGUUUGUUUAUGGUACCAUAUCAGAUUCCAAACACAGUCCUGUCUCGACUGCCGACCGCGUUCAGGGACGGUGUGCCGAGUUUGCCGUAUCUGAUUGAUAGACCUGCGACGCUUGCUGCCCUGGUGGAGCUUUGGCUUCAAUGGUACGAUGCAAAGGUUAGUGCCAAAGCCGCGCAGCGAGCUGCGGCUGCCGCGAAUGCGAAGCGAAACGACUCGUCCGAUGACUAUGGUGAUGAGAUUGAUGAUCGGAAGGCUGCGGAGAGAAGAUCCCGUGACAAGGAUCGCGCUUCUUUGAUCGAGAGCUUGCCGGAUACCUAUACAGACGAGUCAGACGUCGCAGUGUCAGAGGACGAAGGAGACGGAGACGGAGGCGUCGGCUUCUCAUCGUCGUCUUCUUCUGUACUCUCUUCCGACAGCGAAGAGGAAGAGGAAGGCCCUGGGUUCUUCAGCGACGACGACGCACUUGCAGAUCUUGUCGACGAGGAUGAGGAAGACGACAAAGCUUCUCAUAAGCACCACCACCGCCGCCAUCAUACCCGCCCAGGCUUGCGUCGCCGCAGAGUGUUUCAUGACGGAGAGGAUACGCCGUCGGGGAUUUUGUUCACCGGUGCGCUGGUUGAGUUUCACCAUGAGUGUAUCAGAAUCCGCGAGGAGAUCCGGAGACUGCGGAACAAGACCACGAUUCCUGAGAUGCCGUCCGAUGUGCCGGAAGAGACUUGGGACUACUACGUCGCGAACUUUCUAAACAUCAAGGACUUUAAGUUUUCGAAACGUGGGAAUAUCUUGAAAAGUCUCUUGAUGACUACGGCCAGUGGAUCUGUCAAGACAUCUGGUGACAGCUCGAGCGGACGCAGUUCAGGGUUAGAGCCUUCUUCGACCGCGAGCACGGAUUCGCACUGGUUUGGCGAGCAGACUUCUCCUCCCCUUCACCGAUCGACGGAGAGAACGGAGGACGACUAUAGCUACUUUUCAUACCCUGCUGCUUCCGAGCCCGCGCCGUCUGCAGCUACUACACAGAUGACGUCUAUCCACGCGACCUUGUCCCCGGUCGAGAUCCCGAACCAGAAGCGGCACUCCUCGAUCUCCCGCACUUCCUCAACGUUCAAUCGGCACUCGCGCGACCUUUCCGUGAUCGACUCGGCAUCGCGCAGUAUCGACUCUACAAUCUCAGCCGGUAGUUCUUCCACCAACGCGACGCUAAACAUCGGCGGCGUUUCGUUAGGUACAACCUCGACCGCGACAACCGACUCUGUCUCAUCUGAAGUCUCGCUGAGAGAAAUCUCUUCAAGUGUGUCGAGAGGGUUUGGCACGCUGUCAAAGAAGAGCAAAUCGAUCAAGCUGCAAUCUUGGAGAAAGUUUUUAGGUGGUGGUAGUUCGACGUCAAACAGUGGACAUUGA